AUGGCCGCGGCGAAAAUGUGCAUCAGGAAGAGCAAAGAAGAAACUGCAGAGUGGACAGGGUUAUUCCUGAAUGAUCUCAAUACGAAGCAGGAGUCUCUAGUCUUUGUCAAGAGGAUGAUGGCUGUGGCUGUGUCUUCCAUCACUUAUCUCAGAGGAAUUUUCCCGGAGUUUGCCUACAGAUCCAGAUACCUGGAAGAUUUGUGCAUCAAAGUUCUACGUGAAAACUGCAACACCCCUGGUGCCAACAAAGUUGUGAAAUGGAUGAUGGGCUGCUUUGAUGCAUUGGAGAAGCAGUAUCGCAUCAUAGAGUCCUAUCAGUUCAAUUUCAGAUACACUGAAAAUGGACCGGAGAUGGACAUACUCAGGAACAACAAUAUGAAGCUCCAGGUGACACUCGAAGACACCAAGAAGGCGUCUGUGCUGCUCAUAAGGAAGCUCUUCCUGCUCAUGCAGAACCUGGACACUCUCCCCAGCAAUGUGUACCUCACCAUGAAGCUUUACUACUACGACGGCGUCACCCCUGCCGACUACCAGCCACCGGGCUUUAAGGAGGGCGUGUACGACCGCCUGUGGUUUGAGGGUUUGCCAGUGCACUUCAAGGUGGGCGAGGUGCACACGGCCUACCACUCGCUGCGAGUCAAAGUGUCCGUGGAACAGGGCCAGGUGGAGAAACUUCAGCAAGGGGACUACGUGAGGGAGAGUAGGCAGGUUUCUCCAGAAACGAUGGAGCCAGCCACAAUGAAUAAUGUAUUACAGAAACCCUCGAGGAAAACGUGUGCAGAAGAUGACUUUCCCUCUGAGGAUGAGUCUGCACAGUUCAAGAAACCCAAAAAACCACUGGCAAAGGUACAGUACACUUGUCCUACUGGCCGGAUUAUAGUCUCUAGAAACAGCUUUCACCCCGAUUGGUGA